ACUUCUUGUCAGUUAUGCAGAUAUAUCAAAAUUAGUAAUGUAGUCAAAACCUCCAAUUCCAUAGUCAUCAACUAUCUUGCUUAUCCAUCGACAGCAUGAAUCGACAGAUCAACGUACAAAACGAACAGAAUGAAGACGAAUCCGAGGAAACGCUCUUGGAUCAGUGUGAAUCUUGCUGUCAUGAGCUUCAACAUGCUGCAACCUACCCAUACCAAUGUGUGUACAACGAUGUGCUCCAGGAGUACAAAAUCAGACUCAAAAGGGCGAGAAUGGAGCUGGCCGACAAAGAAUUGAUGAUCGCCCUGUUGAAAGAACAGCAUUCCAAGAUGGACAAUUAUUGCAGGUGCAGCUUGGAAGAGGCACGCAACAUCAAGGCCAAGUAUUUCCAGCUGGCGCAGGACAUGGAGAACAUGAAGAAGGAAUACUUGAUCCAAAUGCAUAGACCGUCAAAUGCAAGCAAUGAAUCGGCAGAGGCAUACCUCAGAUCCGAAAUUGAUGCGUGGAAAAAGGAGAACAAAGAGAUUCUCGGCAAGAUCGAGAUGGUGGAUUUCGACGUGCAGAAACUGCUUCAGAUCGUGUCGGAUACGGCGGGGGGUGGUCAGGGGGGCGAGCUGGAAGCCCGGAUGGCCAGACUGGAGGAGGUGAUCGAGAAGCAGUCGGGCAUCCUGGCCCUGUUGCAUUCCAAGGUCGCGGAGCACUCGAAGGCGAUGAUAUUUUCGGAUAUCCUCGUGGGGUCGAAGCUGGACGAAAUCAUGGAGAGGACCGAUAAAUCGCGGGAGGACUUGAAAGAUCUCGACGCUCUCAAAUCCAAAGAAACGUCAAAAAACGCUACGACAAACACCGAAGACCCGCGGCAGCAUUUCAUGGACGAGGUGACCAGCACCACCAACACAGAGCUGAUACUGGGCGAUUUCCUCGAAAUAGCCGCCAGAGAGAAGAAGUUUUUCGAAGACCACGGAGCCAUAUCCAUAUCCGAAGUCUACCCACCGCCCUCCGAACAACUGUCGGGAAUUUCCGAGAUGACAACCGGCGAAAAAAAUAAGCUCUUUCGAGAGAUGCCGGUCAACCCCAUCGUUCCGCCCAAGAGACAUCAAAACCCGUUGGAGGGCUUCAAUGAGUUCCAACAUUUCGAAUCCGCCAGGUUCUCCGGUGGACUCAGCCCCUUUACACCUGGCGUGGUCGAGGAAAACGACGAAAAAAGCCUAGAAACUCCUGUGAUCGGUAGUACACCAACAUCAAAGAGUGGUUACUCUUUGCCAGCAUGCUGCGUCAUUCCACAAGAAGAAUCUGAAAAAUCUAUGCUCACAAAUGAUUUUCCAGUGGUCUUGUUCAAAAACGUAGAUAAAAAGAAGGUACCACUUUGUUGUAGAGCUUCUGGGGACCUAGGAGAAGAUUUGCGAAUAGAAGAAGUAUCCAGUUCCACGCAACCAGAUUAUUCUGGAACACUUCCUGUGGAUAUAAUGGCAGGAGAUCAAAAAGUGACCACUCCAGAACUUUCUCUUCGAGAGCAAUUUUUGCCUCUAGUCUUAGACGAAACUUCUUCACUAGCAAUGAAAGCUGGAGAAGGUCAAAGUGAAACAUCGAAAGAUGACCCACUUCAAAACGUUAAGAUUCCAAAAUGCUGUAAGGUACCGAAAGAAACCAAAGAAGACGCCAGCAUAGAAGAAUAUGAACAUCCAAUAGACGAAGAGGAGAUCCCGAUAAUAUACGAAAUUGAAAUACCGCCAACGCCUGUUUAUGAAGAAGAGAUACCAAGAAAAUUCGUAUCGCUUUUAUCGCUUUCAACACAGAACAACGAGGAUGAUGGUGUGAAUUUUCUACUGUCGCUAAGUGACCAUCUUCGUGAAACUGUCAAGCAACUGGAUCAGACUUUGGAAGCUGCCCAACGCGAGACAACAACUCUGCACUCUUUGAAAGAAGAUUUCGUCAGAAUAAUCGAUCAGGAACUGAACAAAAACCUUCCGGAAAUCAAGGCAAACAUCGAUCUCGUCAACAACACUCUGAACGUGAUUCAAAACGAUGUUAAAAUCAUAAAGAUCGAUUUGAAAAACGUUUUGAAGCAACAGAAAAAACAAAGUGAAGAACUCAAAAAGAGUAAUGAAACCAAAGAAUUACGAGCAGAGAAAAAGAAAACGGAUCCGAAUAAAGUAUUGGUAAGGGUGAAAAGUCUAGAGAAACGCUUGUGUGAAUGUGGAAAGGAUGUUUUCAAGGAGAAGAAUAAAACCGUUUGUAAACCGGCCACCGGGUGUAAAUGUAAAUAUACAAACAAACAAACAAAUAACAAAGACGACGACAACACGAAAGAUAGGAAAAUUUGUCUCACGGUACAGACUUGCCUUUUGAAUGCUGAUAAUUCGAUGAUAGUGCCUUUUUUUACGCGAUUCGGGAAUGAAAAUAAUGAUUUUGGAUAUAUUCCAAGAUUAACGUACAAAAUAAAAAAGGAACAUGAUGAAGAAAGCGAAAAAUAUUAGAAAUUCGGUUGGACAAUCACCUGAUGAGUACAUAAACUAAUUCAAAAAACAAACUUUAUAAUAAAUGUUAUCAAUCUGGAGGAGAGAAAUAAAAAAAUUCCAACUUCUA